CCAUGCAUGAAAUUCUCCCCCGUCUACAACUCAUUACUCAUAUAUAUAGAGAGAGAAAAUAUAUAGAGAGAGAAACAAACAGACAUAUGAAACAGUCGUCCAGUCUGUUUUCAAUUCCCCAUCUCUUAAUUGCCCAAAAAUUUAACCUUUUUUGCAAGAUUUUCAUUUCAAUUUUGACCCAUUUCAGCAUUGGAAAAAAAAAACAGAGUGUUGUGUGUGUGUGUGUGUUUUCACUCUUUCUUGGUGUAAUUUGGUUCAAGAUUUGUUGAAAUUGUUAUCAUGUAUUGCUUUCUUGUUUUCUUGGGUUGAUCUUGAACUGUCUUUAAACAGUUAAACUGAUCUGAUUGUUUAAUAAGUUUAAGAAGUUCAAGAAUCUUUGAGUUUGAUGAAUUUUUGGGGAUUUGAGCCCUAAAGAUGUUGGGUGAAAAAUCAGCAAAUGUAGUUAGCUUAAACUGAUCUUUUGUUUAGUGGGUCCCUCUGUUUUUUGAUUUUCUGAAUUGGGUAUUCUUCAAAAUUGGAUUUUGACAUCAAUUCAAGAUGGAUGAAGAUCAUGAUGAAGUGAGAUUUGAGUGCAAGUUGUGUGAUAAAAGGUUUCCAAGUGGGAAAUCAUUAGGUGGGCAUAUGAGGUCUCAUGUACUUGCUGCUGCUGCUGCUAAUUCAGUUGAAUUAGAUGAUAAUUUGAACUCAAAUUCUUAUGGGUUGAGAGAGAACCCUAAAAAGAGUUGGAGAGCAUCUUCUUCAUCUUCAACUUUACCUUUACCAAAUGAGAGAAUUUGUAAACAAUGUGGCAAAGGGUUCCAAUCUUUGAAAGCUUUAUGUGGUCAUAUGGCUUUUCAUUCUGAGAAAGAUAGGAGCUUCAAGGAGUAUGAUCAUUCUUGGACUAGUAACAAUCUUGAUCAUGAAGAUAAGUUGGCUAACGAUGGUUAUUCGGAUGCCGAAGAAAUCGAGCAGCAGGAUCCAGUUUGCGUUACAAGGUCGAAAUCGAAAAGGUACAAGAAAGUGGUGAUAAAACCACCUUCUUUCUCUUUAACCAAUACUCAUAGUAACAAUAGCAAUUAUAGCAAUUAUAAUUAUGGAUCUUCAUCUGUUUCUGAAAUUGAUGAGUUUGAACAAGAGGAUGUAGCAAUGUGUUUGAUGAUGUUAUCUAAGGAUUCUACUAAUUGGGCCGGUGUUCAUUCGGUUUUGGAAUCCUCAGACAACAGUAGAAAGGAAUGGAAUUUGGAUAGGAAUGAUACCAAAAGCUUCGAGAUUGUGAAUUCGAAUUCCGGGUAUUGUAGGAAUGGAAUCAAGAAAGUGGAAUCGGAUGUUUCGGUUGAGGGGCUUCUUCGGAAUGGAAUGAAAGGUUUCAACUAUAAAGACUUGUCGUAUGAGGAAAAACAAGAAAUUCGAACGAAUUUGUUUAGGGAAUUCGGGUAUGAUAAUUCGUUAAAGAAACAAAUUCGAAACGAUGACAAGGAGGAAUCAUAUAAGAGAAACAAGUAUGAAUGUUUGAAUUGCAGCAAAACUUUUAGUUCAUUUCAAGGGCUUGGUGGACAUAGACCAUGUCACAAAAAGAACAAUGCUUUUAAUCCAAGUGGAAACCGUUCAGAGGCCGAAUUUACUCGCGAUCAAAAGACUAAAUUCGAGAAGAAAACGAAACUAAAAAAGAACAAAGGGCACGAAUGCCCGAUUUGUUUUAGGAUGUUUAAAUCCGGGCAAGCUUUAGGGGGUCACAAAAGGUCUCAUUUCAUGAAUGGUUCUGAAGAUAGGAUUGAUCGUAUUGCAGCAAUGGAACACGCGGUUGCAACGUAUAAAGAUAUGAUUGAUCUUAAUCUCCCUGCUCCAGAAGAGGAUUAGCGUCGUAAACCAUUCAAACCGCGCUCGUUUCGUUUUGGUUAUUUAUCAAAGGACAAAGAGAGGUGAGAGUUCUAUCUUUCAUCUUACUGUUUAGACUGUUUUCAACUUUUGGACAUUUUUUUUUUCCAAUUUACUCAAGAACAAUGAAGUGAAAUUCCCAUUUUUGUUUAAGGUGUUUUCAAGAUCU